GCUCUGCUAAGCAGAGGGAUUGUGGAAAUGUUAAUGACUUCAGAUAACAAGAAUGGGCUGUCAUUUGGCUUCGUGGAGGGAGCACUGGCCACUGUUAAUUUUCAGAAACUGGAACCUGGGAUCCUGAAAUAUCUGGACACAGUACAGAGAGAUCAGCCCAAGAUGGUAAUGGAGUACUGGACUGGAUGGUUUGAUAACUGGGGAGGCCCUCACUAUGUCUUUGAUGCAGAUGAAAUGGUGAAUACUGUAGCCAGCAUCCUCAAAUUAGGAGCAUCCAUCAACCUCUAUAUGUUUCAUGGAGGCACCAACUUUGGCUUCAUGAGUGGUGCUUUGGAGGCUGACGAAUACAAGUCAGAUGUCACCAGCUACGAUUAUGAUGCUGUGCUGACAGAGGCUGGAGACUACACGUCCAAAUUUUUCAAGCUCCGACAGCUGUUCAGCAUGAUCAUUGGGCAGCCUCUGCCUUUGCCUCCCAUGAUUGAAAGCAAGGCAUCAUACGGUGCCAUCCUGUUGCAUCAAUAUAUCUCUCUCUGGGAUGUGAUCCCAUCUCUCUUACAGCCCAUUAAAUCCGAGUUUCCAAUAAACAUGGAAAACCUGCCUCUGAACGACAGCAGCGGGCAGUCCUACGGAUACGUGCUCUACGAGACUGUCAUAUUUGGUGGUGGACACCUGCAUUCGAGGGACCAUAUUCGUGACCGAGCACAGGUGUUUGUGAACACCAUGUAUGUUGGUGAGCUGGAUUACAACACAGUGGAGCUCUCCCUUCCUGAAAGACAGGGAUUCAGGCAAUUAAGACUUCUGGUAGAGAACCGUGGUCGUGUCAAUUAUGGCCUGUCUUUGAAUGAACAGCGGAAAGGCUUAAUUGGUGACAUUUUCUUGAACAAAACCCCCUUGAGGAACUUCAAGAUUUACAGUCUGGAGAUGAAACCUGGAUUCAUGAAAAGCCUGCGACACGUUGCUGGAUGGAGUGCAGUCCCAGACUACUUCGUUGGGCCAGCUUUUUUUCGCGGAAGGCUGUGGAUAGAGCAUCAGCCACAGGACACUUUCUUGAAGCUACAGGGCUGGGAAAAAGGAGUUGUGUUUGUCAACAGUCGGAACUUAGGCCGCUACUGGAAAAUUGGACCUCAGGAAACACUCUACCUUCCUGCCCCCUGGUUAUGGAAAGGGAGCAACGAGAUCAUCAUUUUUGAAGAGCGAACUGCAGGACGCAUAAUACAGUCUGUUGACAUACCUUAUUUAGGAAGGACCCAGUAUGUGGACUGAUGAGAGCUUCUUUUCCAUGUUUGGUUCAUCUUGGAUAUUCAUGGUUGCAUGUCUAGGGACACGAUGGCCCGGGCACUUGGGCACGAUAGUUUCCACUAGACCCAGGUUAAGGAUUUGCCCUUUGGCAGUAAGUUCAGGUAAGAGAGAACAGGCCCCCAGGAAGCAGAGCCUGUUGUUUCAUUGAUGGAUGUGGAAGCUCAUCUCCCUGCACCACGGAGCCUGGGUGGCUGCAUGUUACGGACAGCCCAGUGAUCGUGGGGGAGAAAAAGGUGCUGGAGGCAGGAGACAGAGACAGAACAGAAGCCACCUGAACUGAAGACGGAGCGCAGCUUUCCAGUGACUUUACAAAUGUGUUACUACUGGCCUCCUCCUUUUUAUAAUUAGACAGGGAGAAAAGAGGUGAUGAACAUGUGAGUAGCCAGGUGUGGAAAACCACUGUGUUGCGCUUCCAGGCAGAAUUAAACAGCUUGCUCUGCAAAGAGGCCACUAUUUGUUCGCUUGUUGGAAGCCAGGUUGGAUGUCAAAUGAGUUAACUUGAAGGUUUUUUUCCACUGAGUUUUAAUAUGGAGGUUGUCUCUCUCUCAGAAAGA